CAAUUCUGCGGGCCCAGCGCCCACAGAGCACAUAGGGCGGGGUCUGGUGGGAGGAGCUAGCGUGACCUUGGUCACUCUCCCGCCGAGACAGCCUAGGGGGUGGGACUCACUGUCUCUAUGGUGACCGAGAAACAGGGGAUAAUACUACGGAGCCGCCCGGGCUGCAGUCCCGCCCGGGAGCCGGCAGGGAGCGGAGCUGUGGAGCCUCCUGGUCUCCAGCAUCAGUUCCUGGGUCCUGUCCGAAGGCACGCUCAGGAGCAGCCAAGCGGUAGAAGCCGGGUUUCUCUGUAUAGCCCUGGCUGUCCCGGAACUUACUUUGUAGACCAGGCUGGCCUCGAACUCAGAAAGUUGCCUGCCUCUGCCUCCCCAGUGCUGGGAUUAAAGGCGUGCGCCACCACUGCCCAGCACCUCACAGGGUGGCAUGGCAGCGAGCACGGACAUAGCUGGGCUGGAGGAGAGCUUCCGGAAGUUUGCCAUCCAUGGCGACCCCAAGGCCAGCGGGCAAGAGAUGAAUGGCAAGAACUGGGCCAAGCUGUGCAAGGACUGUAAGGUGGCCGACGGAAAGGCCGUAACGGGCACCGACGUCGACAUCGUCUUCUCCAAAGUCAAGGCGAAAUCUGCUAGAGUAAUCAACUAUGAGGAGUUCAAGAAGGCCCUGGAAGAGCUGGCAACUAAGCGGUUCAAGGGGAAGUCCAAGGAGGAGGCCUUUGAUGCCAUCUGCCAGCUGAUAGCGGGCAAGGAACCGGCCAACAUUGGCGUCACCAAAGCUAAAACGGGUGGUGCUGUGGACCGGCUGACGGACACCAGUAAGUAUACGGGCUCCCACAAAGAACGCUUUGAUGAGAGCGGCAAGGGAAAGGGCAUCGCUGGACGGCAGGACAUCCUGGACGACAGUGGCUACGUGAGUGCCUACAAAAACGCAGGCACCUAUGACGCCAAGGUGAAGAAGUGACACCUGCCAAAGCCCCCAGGGAGGCUGUCCCACUGGAGGCCCAGGCCUGGGGUCCAGGGUCACAUGGAGCAAGAAAGCCUGGCUCCCUCCCUGCUGGAUCUGCCACCAAGAGCUUCCUGCCCAGUCCCAGGGCCAUCCCAUCAGGCCUCUGACCCAGACUGCUGUGUCCCUUCUUCCUGUCUCCCUGUCAUCUGUCUGGGAGUCAGUGCCUAUAUCCUCACCGCCCCAGCCUGGUCCCAGGCAUGGCUGACUCUUGCCUGCUUUUGCCUCAUAUUUAAGCUGCUGCUCUGGCCAAGUGCCUAAUUCUUACCCAGACCUCAAUAAAGAUACCUUUUGUACCAGGA